GGGGCGAUAGCUCGGGUAGUGACAGACAGAAGGGGGGAUUCGGGUGGACACACAGCGGCUAACGGCUAACGGAGUAAAUUCAGCCCUUUAAACAUUUCCUCCACACACACUCACACACACACACACACACACACCGGACACAGAGCGUGAAGAUUUUGUGUGCAGAUCCAUUAACACUGAUCCUCAGACCCAGAACCUGUGUGGAGAACCUCAGCGUGACUUCACCUUGGCUUUCAGCAAUUUCUCUCUCAGUGGUGUGAUAACCGAUGGCCCAGAAUGUCUACGACUAAUAACAUAGCACAGGCCAGGAAACUGGUGGAGCAGCUGAGGAUCGAGGCAGGCAUUGAGCGUAUCAAGGUGUCUAAGGCGGCCGCUGAUCUGAUGAGUUACUGUGAGCAGCACGCACGCAGCGACGCCCUCCUGGUGGGCGUGCCCACUUCCGAAAACCCCUUUAAAGAUAAAAAACCCUGCAUUCUUCUAUAGCCUCUCUCUCUCUUUCUUUUUCUCUUUUUCUCAUCCAUCCGUCAUUCUCUUUAUCUGUCUGUCCAUCUUUUCUGCUUUAUUCCUUAUUAUUCCUUUAUUCUCUACGCUACACUACUUAAAAUAACGCGCAGUGAAGAGGAGAAUAAAACACCCGUCUCACUCCUCACUGAGAACGAGGGAUGAGUGUGAAUAUGAUGAGUGAGAGAUGGGGAAGAAAGGGAUGAAAAGAAAUAGAGGAAAAUAGAGAUCCGUACAGGUGAACACCAGUCUGGCUGCGUCCCAAUCCACAUCCUGUCCCCUACAUAGUGCACUGCUUUUGCCAGUUUUGUGCACUCAUUCAGUCCCACAAUGCACUGCAGCACGGUUGCGUCCAGAUGACGUUCUAAGCAUGAUGCAGUGAGUAGGGAGUAGGAUGUAGGGAGCGUGGUGCAGUUUGUGACACAGCCAGGCCUACAGGUUCUCAGUAUGUUCCAUCCUUUCUUUUUUUCUACUCAUUUUAUUUUCUGGAGAACGUACCUGCGUGAAGUUUUAUACACACCUUCGCAGAGUGUUGUGGAACAACUGAGUAAUAAUUCAGCAUGUGGAGAACCGCAGUGCACCAGUGAGGGUUCUGCAGUACGGAGGUAUCGGUUCUAACCUACCUCACCUUCAGUUCUCUAACUCCAGUAAAAGUCCGUCUGGAACUCUGAUUGUAAAGUACACGCAGAACCCAUGAGCCCCGUGUAUAAACUUUGUUUAGAACAGCGGUGUGUGUGUGCGUGUGUCCGACUCUUUAACGCUAGCUGUGUGUUGCGCUUUUCUUUCGCUGUACAGUGUUUGAUAAACGGAGGCGCGGUUCUCCUGUGUUCUCUCUUCCUGUGAUCUUUAUUUCCUGUCCUGUUCCUCCUCACUUCCUCCUCCAUACAUUGUGUUCCAGGUUACUCUCAUUACUCAACGUGUGCGUGUGUGUGUGUGUGUGUGUGCGUGUGUGUGUGUGCAAUCCAUUGGUCUGUUUUUAUUUUUUAUUCGAUGAUGAAUUUGAGCAGAUUGUAGAAUUCUGGAUGGGAUGCUGUAAUCUCCAGUGUUACAGGUCUAAACGCCACACCACCUGUUCUAGAGUUUUCAGCAUGGUUCUAAGAUUUUACAAUCCUCUCCGAAAAGGAUGCAGAUUCUUUUGUGCAAAGGUUCUAGAAUUUGUGACAUGAUGGUUCCUAAACUCUUAGGUGCACCUGUUCCAGAAACCUCAGCAAAGUUUUAGAACUUUAGAAUUUUGAGCAGACAUUCUAGAUGUCUUCAAUGUUCUAGACUCCUCAAAUGAAAAAUCCUCAGUGCAGAGGUUGUAGACUUUUUUUUUUGUAUGAGGUUUUAGACAACAGUAAGGAGGUUCUAGAACCUUCCGUGCAAAUGGUAAGGGUUCCAGAAUCCUCAGCACAAAGGUUAGAAUUCCGGGGCAGAGGUACCUGAAUACUCAGGGCUCUGAAGCUUCUAGAAUAAUCAGCUCACUAGGACCUCAAGAUUCUAGAAUCCACAUUGUGAAUCUUCUCUUGCCUAUCAGGGUUCUAGAAUCAUCUGUGCAAGUGUUACAUUUCCCCAGUGCAGAGGCUCUGAAGUUUCUAGAAUCCUCAGUGCAGUGGCUGUUAGGGUUCUAGAAUCAUAGUUGCAAAAAAUGUUACAAAUGCCCAGUGCAGAUGUUCCUGAGUACUUAGGGCUCUAAAGGUUCUAGAAUCCUCAGCUUGAAAAGUUCAGGACCUCUUCAAGAAGGUUCUUAGACUCCUUGGUGCAGUGGACGGGUUGUAGAAUAUGAAGGUUCUAGAAUCCUUAGUGUGAAGGUUCUAGAGUGCUCAGAAUAAUAAUUCUGGGUUACUACACCUGCUUGAUUAUUUAAAAUGAAAGUGUGUGUGUGUGUGUGUGUGUGUGUGUGUGUGUGUGUGUGUGUGUGUGUGGGCCGUGUCAUAAACCACUUCACUCUUGUAGUGAACAGCGCUAACACAGCUCCUGUUCACUUCCUGUGGCUGUGUCCCAAACCAACACACUCCCAUAGUCACCGCACUACACCAUCAUUAGCAAGUGGUGCUAGCUACACAUUUACGAGCCAUAGCGAGGGUUUCCAUGACAACCGGUCACAGCCCGUAAAAAGGGAACAUGAAGUGGUUUGGGACACAGCCUGUAGAUAAAGGGGUGGGAGGGAUUGUGUAUUCCAGCUUUGUCCCAAUUCUGUUUCUAUCUAGCGCUCUCUCGCUUGUGGACUUUGCCACAAGGUGUGUCAGACUGCAGCAAUGCACCCUGGGUAACUGGUGCUCUUACAGUGAAGUACUGAUCUUCGCUCGGGCUGAUCAAGUAACCAAGGGAACAAAAAAUUGGAACAGGGCCCGUGUGAUUGAUUCAUACUUUCAGCAGAUCAGCAGUUUACUGACGUGUGUGUGUGUGUGUGUGUGUGUGUGAUAUUAAUCCAACCCCAGUUUAACAAAAUGGCCGUUCAAGGUGACAAGCUCAUGCAGAAGGAAAAAAAAAACGUUCAAGUGCCAAAUUUCAGUGAUUUUUUUACAGGACCAAACAGAAUAUCGGGACCGAAUGUGAAGUGUGUGUGUGUGUGUGUGUGUGUGUGCGCGCGCGCGCUGAUAAUCAGGUAGGAUACAUUGCGAUAUUUUGCGUGUUUAUAAGGGAAACCUGCUGUGUUCGUACCACAGGCCUGGGAGGGUGCCUAGGUAGGGAGCAUGAAGGUCGGCUGUCUUUAAGGGUGUAAAGAGUGAAAGCUGUGUUCUGAGAUCCGACUUCUGAUCUCACAUUUUUGGGUGGGGCACUGAAUAAUGUGAUUGGUUAAACGUGUUACAUCACUUCCUGUUUGACGUUCCAGUAUUUUUUGCAAACAAGUGACUAGAACUUUAAACCAAUAACUCUGAAUACAGUUAUAAAAGUGAGCAGCUCUGACUGAUCAGUAUGGUGCGAAAGUAAUGGCGCCCUCGUCACGAAUGUUAAUAAAACCAGCGAAGGGGCAUCCUCGUUAUCUCCUGAUAGAAAGAUUUAACAGACAAGAAGAAUGAAUAAAACUGCACAGUCGUUCUGCGGUUUAGACAAUAAAGUAGAAAUAAAAAUGCAAGCCCGGAGACUCGAGCGUGAAAGCGUACGUCCUUAUUUGUGGACAAUUUGAAGGAAUGUGUGUUCACAAUAAUCACUAGUCUUAAAUAUUUAAAUAUGUGCCAACUCUCUCUCUCUCUCUCUCUCGCUCUCUCUCUCUGUGUGUGUGUGUGUGUGUGUUGGGGGGUGUGGCUGAGAGAGAGCAACUGAUUUCUGCAAAAAUCCCAGACUGUGGAGAUUCAGUGCCAAGUUUCACUAACAGUUCAUUUUACUGAGCUAUGACGAUGCCUGUGUGUGUGUGUGUGUGAGAGAGAGAGAGAGAGAAAUUCACCUCCAUCCGUCACUCUGUGUUCUCUUCCCUCCGUGCAUCCUUUCUGCCUCGAUUAUGAAGAUAUCUCUAUUUUUUGUAACUGUUUCUCUCGGAUGUGCCAUAAAUCAUGUUUUCUUGCACACUGUUAAUAUUUUGUGGAUUUAAAAAGUUGCUGUUUGAAAUCGAGAAGAAAAAGAAUAUUAAAGAAGUAGAAGUAAAUAAAGAUGAAUAAUGUCACUCAG